UUAAAAAAGAGGCUUGCAGAAAACACACCACAUUGCAAAAAAGCAAGAAAAGAAAGAGAACAAUAUUGGCAAGGAUCCAAUAAACGAAUUUCAAGAUGGCGGAUUCAACACGAUCUCGCCCACACACACAUUCGCGAUCUCGCGUCCUACCCACUGGUUCAGUUGAUGAUGAUUCUUCACACUCACGAUCUGCCAGUGGACAUCCUCCUGGAGCAUUUGAAAGCUCCAUUGAUGAACACCCCGAAACACCCUCUCGAUUCGAAGCUGGUUUGAAUACAGCUCCUGACACGGUCAGGCCGGCCCCCCGAUCUACUCAACAGCUUGAUGCUGGUUCUCAUGAAGUCUACCGUUCGGGCGAGGCAAUAUCAGACCAACAGAUGGAACAUCUCAAGAUGACAUUUGAGAUGGAGAAGGAGAAGCGAAGAGUCCUAGAACUCGAAUUACAACUGGAAAAACUCCGUCAACAGAGAUCCUCUACGGAUCGACCACAGGAUGUCAACAAUCAUCCUGCCACCACCUCAACAGCCCGUACAGCCACAUGGGAUCCUAAUCUCGGUGAAAGGUUGGAAUUCAACCUUUAUGAACCGGAUAGCCGAGUUGGCAAGGCAAUCUCCCAAUUCAAGGAAGAUGUCAAGAAUGCUGUGAGGUCAAACAGUCUAACUGGCACAUUCAACUACACUACAUGGAGCAUCUUCAUGAAAGCGAAACUGAUUGAUGCACAAGAUGCUGAAUGGGCACCAUUCUGGGACGCCAGAAACCGGUGGCUCUAUACAUUCAUCUCGAACUCAUUGAGUGCAGGUGUCAGACCAUGUUUCUCCAAAUAUGAUGAAAAUCGGAUCGCUUAUACCCUCUGGAAUGCGAUUGAACAGGAAUACUCUAUUUCAAAAACACAGUUAUGCUGUGAGGCAGUUCUGGAAUUCAUGUCACUUGGUGGUACACAGGUCACCAAUCUACACACAUUCUUUGAUAAGUUCCGGUCCGCCAUCACGAAAUUGGAGAUGAUGGAUGCUUCCCCCCCAGAUGUGUGGAUAUUUGAUACCUUCUACUCAGUCCUACCCAACAAUUGGAGGGAUUAUGUUCAAAAGAAGAUAGAGGAGAUACAGGAUUCCAAAUCCACGGCUGUGGUAUUGGAUGUUGAUCUUCUCAUGGAGGAGAUCCGCUCGCGGCUUGAUCCUCCAAAAGAUAAAAAGAAUCUACAGAAUACAGAUUCUGCGGCCAACUCCGCUACAACAGCUACAACAGCUACAACAGCUACAACGACCACUACACCUAUCAAUUCUAACAACAAUACAUCGAAUUCGGCCCGUGGUGGCCGUACUGGAUGUGGUCGUGGUAGUUCACAAGGGGGCUCCCGAAACCAUCGGGGAUCGGGCAAUCCACCUACAUGUCCUGAAUGUGAGAGAUCUCACUUUGGCAACUGUUGGUUGGUCAAUCCAGACAGUGCUCCGGAUAAUUGGAGGAUCUACAACGCUGCAAGGGUAAAGGAAUUCAAAGAAAAGAAGGAAAAGAACAAUAGUGGGGGUAGAACCCAACUAUCCAUUACAGUUUCUAGAGUACACUUCUAGAAUGUCUCUUAGUACUGUUUAAAUAUUCAGAGUAUUUGUUUUUGAAAUUUAUAUUCUUAAGUCUAUUCUGGAAUUGAACUCAUGCAUGUUGAUCACAGCAGGGCUCACACUUAACAGUCUCAUAAUCUGUAGACUACUGAGACAAAAGAGCUCAGUUAUCAUCAGCACACUGCUGGUAGAAGAGCUGAUCAAUCUGAGACUCUUAAUAUAAAAUGCCCUGUAACAUAACCUUAUAUAAUAUCACAUGCACUUUAUUAAAUGAGUAUGAACAGCUGACUCUGCAGUCUGUAUAAUAUUAAUCUUCAUUCUUUUCUUUACAGAUGUUCUCUACUAUAUUUACAUUCUUUAUACUCUUCUCUAC